CAAGAAGAGAAAAAAAUAUACUCUUUUUAGCUAAAAAUAGGACAAACAAAAAUAUAUUAUCCAAGAGAGGAAAGAAAUGGCGAGGAGGAUGCUUUGCAUCACCAUUUCCUUAUAUUGCUUAUUCAUAGCACAUGCUCAAAUUUUUGACAUCACAACCUACGGUGCAAAGCCUGGUGGUGCUGACAUUAGCCAGGCUCUGUUAACUGCUUGGAAAGGUGCAUGUGAUUCUUCAACACCAAGCACUAUUUUGAUUCCAAAGGGCAAAUUUAUAUUGAAGGAAGCAUAUUUAAAAGGCCCUUGCAAGGCUCCCCAUAUUGCACUUACUAAUCAAGGCUCCGUCAUUGCCCUCCCUGAACCGACAUCAGUAAAAAAGAACAAUGAAUGGAUAAUGAUACAAUACGUCGACCAUCUCACCAUCAACGGCAACGGUGUCUAUGAUGGCGUUGGAGCUAAGUCCUGGGCACUAAACAAAGAACAUUGUUGGAAUUCUACACAAUGUAAUCAAUUUCCAAAUAAUUUUGGUCUUCACAAUCUCAAGCAUUUAACAGUUAGGGACAUAACAUCCAAGGAUGCCAAAUCAUUCCACUUCAUCUCCAAACACAGAUGUUUGGGUGACAAACAAGAUCUCUCCAACACCAUGAAUGGCGUUAGAAUCAAAACUUGGGCAUACUCCCAACCAAACGAAGCAUCUAAUAUGCAUUUUGAAAACAUCCGAAUGGAUAAUGUCGGCAACCCUAUCAAUAUUGACCAACUUUAUUGCCCAUCUGGUGGUUGCAAUAUGAAUAUGCCAUCAAGGGUUAAACUCAACAAAAUCAGCUUCAAAGGCAUUACAGGGACUUCAUCAACUCCCGUCGCCGUGAAUCUGGUCUGCAGUUCUACUUUCCCUUGCCAAGGUGUGGAGAUUGGUAACAUUGAUUUAAAAUUCACAGGAGGUGCUGCACAAUUCGUCUGCUCAAAUGCAAGGCCCGCAUUUUCUGGCAAACAAAAUCCUAAAAUAAACUGCAACAAGUUUAAAGUGCAUGGAAUAAUUUCUCACGACUUGGGAGGCAAAAUACAUCCAUCCAUACUGAAUUUGGAGCACUUGGAGUAUUUGGAUCUUUAUUACAACAACUUUUCAGGUACUCCGAUUCCACCAUUUCUCGGAUCCUUGAAAAAUUUGCGGUAUCUCGACCUUGAUGCAAACUUUGUUGAUUUACCUCCAGAUUCUUUUUGUAACCUUACUAGUCUCAUUUCCAUGGACCUUAGUUUUAAUCAAUUCGAAGGAUCGAUUCCUUUGUGCAUUGGGAACCUGAGUUCUCUGACAAGUCUUUAUCUGGAAAGCAACAAGCUUGGUGGAGAACUACCAGAUGAGCUUGGUAAUCUCAAGCAGCUAACUACACUUGAUCUUUCUGUUAACUAUUUCGAGGGUCCAAUUCCCUCAAGUUUUGGACAGCUUUCGAUGAUGAAAAGUCUCAAUCUUAAUGCUAAUCAGUUGAAUGGUACAAUUCCUCCAGCUUUACUGAAUCUUACUGAAUUGGACACUUUAGAUGUUACUUACAAUUCAUUGUCCGGUGCGCUAUCUGAAUCUGAUUUUGGGAAACUCAAAAGUUUGCGACACUUUCGCAUUUCAAAGAACAAAUUUCUUAGUUUUAACGUGAGCUCCCGAUGGAUUCCUCCAUUUCAGCUGGACGAGCUUGUGAUGGAUUUUGUCUUCAUUGGAACCCAAUUUCCUCCUUUUCUCCAAACUCAAAGGAAUAUUAGUCAUAUAGCCCUAAGAAAUGCCAGCAUCUCCGGUUCUCUCCCUGGUUGGUGCUGGACUACCUCUGCUGAUCUUUUUUACUUUGAUCUUUCCAACAACUUCUUGACUGGACCUGUUCCAGCAUUCGGUGCGAAUCACUCAAUAAACUCGCGGUUUGGAGCUCUUAACCUUGCUAACAAUCAUUUGACUGGUAACAUUCCUGAGGAAUUAUGCAACUUGCAGUCUCUAAAGGUCAUAUCUCUCGCCAAUAACCUGCUGACCGGAAAGAUUCCUCUGUGCCUUGGAGAAAUGAGGCAGUUGGAAGUGUUGGAUCUGGCGAAUAAUAGCCUUUCCGGUCAAAUUCCAUAUACACUUGGUGAAUUGGGUGGGCUUAAUUUCCUGCAUUUGAGUGGGAACAAGUUAUUCGGUUUGCUUCCUUCGUCAUUGCAAAAUUUGACAUUUUUAGUUACUCUUGAUCUAGCCAAUAAUCAGUUCAGGGACUCAAUACCUGAUUGGAUCGGGAAAGAAUUCUCAAGAUUGCGAUUUCUUAGGCUUCAAUCCAACAAUUUUUAUGGUAACAUUUCUGUAAAUCUCUGUCAAUUGCCUUCCCUUCAAGUGCUAAAUCUAGCAGAGAACAACUUGGUUGGCAACAUCCCUCCUUGUCUUGGGAACUUGAGUGCGAUGCUAUCAGAUGAGUCCCGUGGAGAUACUGGAAUCGAUUCCAGCUGCCACCAGAGAGGAUUAAGCCUUGGGUCGAUCAUGAAUGAUGUAAAAGCCAGCAGGGGUUAG